GUUCAGAACGCGUUGUCUGGGAAGAGCUUCCCCCAAAAGAUCGCGAAGCUGGAGGCCCCCUUGGUGUCGAAGAUCUGGGAGACUGCUCUGGGCACCAUCCCGAGCGAGGAGAUGGAUCUCAUGGUCGAGAUGCCUGCGUCGGUGGAGAAGGUUGUUGCCAUUGGCGACGCGUCGGUGGACAUAGAGGGCGCUGACGGCGCCUUCGAUCCACAUGCGUUCCAGGCGUGGUCCAAGGCCCCUGAGUGGUUCGAGAAGAUGCUCCAGAGCAUGGAGGACGACUUGAAGAAACAGACGAAGAAGCUGGGCGAGAAGAUGGCGAUCCACAGCGACUGGCUCGGCGCGCAGCUGAAGAUCGAGGCGAAAGUUCAGGAGGGCGGCCCGACGAAGCCAAAGGAGGACUUCGCAGCGUUCUUGACUACGGUGUCUCGUAACUCGCUUCGCCUGGGGCCCGCGGCGUUCCCGUUGCCAGUGGCGGCGUUCUUCGCCUCGCCUUUGAGCCAGGCCAUCUUCUUCAUCUUCUGGAACGCCGAGGCGAUCCUGAGGCAGGGCAUUUCGCUCACCGACGUCAAGGCCUUCUUGUCUGGCGAGUCGGCUGAAGAGUUCAUGAAGGACUCCGAGAACGUGAUCUGUAUCUACGCGCCUAAGCAUUCGGUGAUCUAUGUGCCCUGGGGCUGGAUUCCCCAGCCCAUCUACUACUACCCUGGGUGCAGGAACAAGGAAAUCGACGCCUGGCAGUUCUUCCUGCGUAUCCCGCAGAUAGUCACCGCUGACGCUGCUAAGAUGAGCGAUGAGCUGAAGAAGGCUGCGAACCACAUGAACCUGUCCUACCUGUCGACGCUGACCCAGUCGCAGUGGAAGGAGCGCAAAGCUGCGUGGGAGACGGCCUGGGCGGAGUUCGGG